CAUACGGGUGAAAAGCCGUUUUCAUGUGUGAACUGUGGAAAAGGUUUUAGUCACAAACAGGUUUUAAUUCGGCACAUGAUGAUUCACACUGGUGAAAAGCCGUUUUCAUGUGUGAAAUGUGGAAAAGGUUUUAGUCAAAAACAGGUUUUAACUCAGCACAUGAUGAUUCACACUGGUGAAAAGCCGUUUUCAUGUGUGAAAUGUGGAAAAAGUUUUAGUCACAAACAGCAUUUAACUCAGCACAUGAUGAUUCACACUGGUGAAAAGCCGUUUUCAUGUGUGAACUGUGGAAAAGGUUUUAGUCGUAAACAGCAUUUGACUCAGCACAUGAUGAUUCACACAGGUGAAAAGCCGUUUUCAUGUGUGAACUGUGGAAAAGGUUUUAGUCAAAAACAGCAUUUAACUCAGCACAUGAUGAUUCACACAGGUGAAAAGCCGUUUUCAUGUGUGAACUGUGGAGAAGGUUUUAGUCAAAAACAGCAUUUAACUCAGCACAUGAUGAUUCACACUGGUGAAAAGCCGUUUUCAUGUGUGAACUGUGGAAAAGGUUUUAGUCGUAAACAGCAUUUGACUCUGCACAUGAUGAUUCACACUGGUGAAAAGCCGUUUUCAUGUGUGAACUGUGGAAAAGGUUUUAGUCUUUGUCAAAAACGGGAUUUAACUCGGCACAUGAUGAUUCACACUGGUGAAAAGCCGUUUUCAUGUGUCAACUGUGGAAAAAGUUUUAGUCAAAAACGGGAUUUAACUCGGCACAUGAUGAUUCACACUGGUGAAAAGCCGUUUUCAUGUGUGAACUGUGGAAAAAGUUUUAGUCGAAAACUUAGUUUUACUCGGCACAUGAUGAUUCACACUGGUGAAAAGCCGUUUUCAUGUGUGACCUGUGGAGAAAGUUUUCGUCUCAAGGUGAGUUUAAUUCACCACUUGAGGCGUCACACAGGUGAAAAGCAGUAGAAGCAUUUUCCAUACAUGUUCUAUGUUGAGGUUCACUAUAGAACUGAUUUGGUUUAAAACUAGAAUGAAAGACUG